UUUACAAACAUUGUGUACCGAUAUAUCAGACCUUAGCAACCUGUGUGCGUAAACGGGUUCUCAGCGUACAAGGAUAUAGUUCCCUAAAAACACUAAUAUUUCAGUAAUCAGUUUUACAGUUAUUAUCUCACUUAAUUAAUAAAAUGAUUUGCCGUAGUGUACCAAUGAUAUUAGGAUACAUUUAAUUAAGAAAGUAGCUAAUCGAUCGUACAAGUUUUGGAGGAAAAUAAACUUUACUAAGGGCAAGGUCGUUACGGCAGCCAAGUUAAAACAGUUGAUCAAACGGAAAUUAAUUCCAGUAUACCGAGUCCACGGAAUAUCGUAAUUGUGUAAUUACACACACAUUACAAUUAUGGUUAUUUCAGUGUACAAGGACGCCAAGUCGAACAGUCGAUGGAACAAUGCCGCUUACGCCAUGAGCAACUAUGAAAAAUAUUUUGCCGAGGCCACGAUGGCGUGGUUCAACGUCAUUCAAACACGGAACGCCGGAAGAAUUAAUAUGUUGUAUUACGCUUGACGUCUCGUAUUUGAGUCUAGAGGAUUAUGACUUUCUGGCGAACCUCCCUUCUCAUCGCUCGUCACUUCCGGCUGAUUUCAAACAGAUGUAUGUCAGCGCUUUCGGCAUAAUCUACACACACAAACCUAAUGUGAAUGUUGUCGAGGUGGCUGCGAGUCCGAAGACACCAGAGAAAGCACAUUAUGAUCUUGUCUUGCGUUCGAAGACUGGCAUUUGAGGCGGCGCUCGUGGUCAGUCACAUGACACGUCACAUGCCCUCGUCUGUGUUCUCCCGGCUGGCGGCGCGCUCCUCGGUCGGGGUGUUCAGCAAGGCGGAGAAACUCACCAUCUACCCGCAGUACAAACAUCUGACGAACACUCCCGAGUGCCACAAUCGGUGUGACGGAACGUGUCGACACACGUGCACGUUUGACGGGAGGAAAUGGGAAAACCUGGCCGGUCUUGGCGGACUGAGGGCCCUCAUCGUGGAAGACAACGUCAUGUGCACGUCACGUGACCCCUACCAUCAUCACGAGAAUAUUUUGGUGCACGAAUUUGCUCACACCAUCCACCAUCACGGACUAAACUUGACCACGUCUAACAAGGUUAGAGCGGCGUACAACAACACCAAGACGAACAGACUGUGGACGAGCUCGUCCUACGCCAUGGCCAACUACGAGGAAUAUUUCGCCGAGGCCACGACGUCGUGGUACAACGCCAACCAGCAGUCCAGCGCCGGCAGAAUGAAUAAGUGUGGAACGUCACAUUACUGCUUAUCUGCAUCGGACGCCAGGGACUACAUGCACAAACACGACCCACGGUUGUACGACAUCCUCAACUACGUAUACAACAACGGCAAGGCCUACUUACCAGGGAGGAUAACCACGUGCAUAGAACAAGCGAAAUAAAUACAAUUAUUAUUA